CUCUACUCAGCAUCUCUAAACAGAUAUUUAACUACCGAGACACCACCCCUACCAGCUCCAACCUGCUACUAUGUGUAAAGGACUAGCAUCGCUGCCUGCCUGCUGCCUGGAAAGGGCCAAGGAGUUGAAAGCAAGGCUGGGAAGCAUUCUGCAAAAACCUGAUUGGAGUCUAUCCUGCUGCAAAAUCGGCAAAAAUAAGCCAACCCUGGAAGAAUGCCUUAGGUGGAAAGAGUCCUUUGAAAAACUCCUGUCCAGCAAAUAUGGACUGUGUGCCUUCACAACCUUCCUGGUAUCUGAAUUCAGCGAGGAGAACAUUGCAUUCUACUUUGCCUGUGAAGAUUACAGGAAUACCAAGUCUCUUGCCAAACUACCUGCCAAAGCCCAGAAGAUCUAUGAUGAAUUCAUUGGCAGUGAUGCUCCCCGGGAGAUUAACAUUGACCAUGAAACUCGUGACAUCACAAAAGCCAACAUGCUGGCCCUGUCACCUUCUUGCUUUGACCAGGCCCAACACAAGAUCUACAUGCUAAUGGCCAAAGACUGCUACCCUCGCUUCCUGCGCUCUCCAGCCUACAGGGAUCUCGUCUGCCAAGCCAAACCGAGCGCCAAGGCCACCAAGCAGCCCCGGCAGGAGAAGAAGGUGUGAGACCUUCUCCUUGAGCCGAUGGAGGAUUGUUAGCGGUCACCUUAAGGGUUAAAGCAAGGGAGGCAUGGCUUUAAGUGCUGCAUCGAGACGCCGGACGUGGGUGCAGACACAAAGACCGUCAUGAGAGCAACAGUGGAUGGGCAUAUCCGUUGAAGCUCUACUAAGUAAAGAUAGAAGACAAGAGGAAAGAGGAAUAGAAGAAAAGUUGGAGGUUGAUGCCUUAAGUGGACUGAAUACAGGUGGAUGCUGGACAGCAAAGUCAAAUGAAAGUAUAUCAGACUGAUUGACAAUCAAACAGGAGAGCAGUGGGAAAAGCACUUUUCUUUGCCAUUAGGCAAACUUCUGUGGUUGUGACGUACGAUGUCCCUCUGUCAGUUGUAUACACUGUUUGUGAACAGGCAUGUGGGGUACUACUACUAUGAUUUUGUAUUUAUUUGUAUUUAUUUGCCUGUAUAAGAUAUUUGUUGAAUUUUUACAGAAUAAAAAUUGAACCAAUGUGCAAUAUAAUGUUAAAAUAUUUAUUUCACUGUUGUCUUUUUUACA